CAGAAAUCAGUUAGCGUCUAUAAUUUAACAGCACCGGUUCCAUUGCUUAAGUCAUUGUAGCUACUUACUGUCUCUUCAACCGGCCUCUUCAGCCAGUCCCACUAAGGAUGGGAAACAUUCAUGAUGACAAUCCAUUUCUAGAGCGACCAGCGCGCAAGUUAUUCAAACACAACCAUGACAAGGACAACGAAUGUUCAUUCUCAUCUGCAUCCAUGAAUCGCGGCAGUACCCUGUUCCCGACGCGCGGUGGCACAACCGCUUCAACCAAGCCUCGGCGCUUGGUUUUGACGAGGGUUUUGCCUUCUAAUAAUAUCAAUAGCGUCAAUUAUAUUCCUACCCAUACCGCGUCUACCACGGAGUCAUUACUGUCAAUUCCGGGACAAUCUUUCACUCAAGAUGCAACACAAUCAGCACCUGCUCCAAAUGAAGUGCACCAGGCACAACUUUUACCAUUGUUUUCGACUGCCGAAAAAGAAAGCAAUAUAGGAGCUAUUAUUCAUAGGGAACAAGAGCCAAAUACUAGAACAACACCAAAAGUACCACCUGGUCGUGAGUACUACGACUUUAUCAUGCAAGGGAUGAGUACAAGUAUGGGGCUUGGCCAAUUAUUGGAAGCAGAGAUCCGAAAUGAAUUCGAGGAAGGAGGACAACACGAAAUUUAUGAGCAGGGACAGGAACAGGGGCAGGAACAGGAACAGGAACAGGAACAGAGACAGAGACAAGAACAGGAACAGAGACUGGAACUGGAACAGGAACAAAGCCUGGAACUUGGACAGAAACAAGAACAAGAACAAGAACAUGAUCAGAAUCUGGAGACCGAGGGCGAAGAGGUGGAGCGGACGGAAAUAAAAGUGGGGGAUGCUGAAGAGGUGUUUCCCGUCAGUCCAACUAUCCUGGCUUUUGCACGAAAAUCUAUCAUGCAACACGCAUCAUCCUCACCAAAAUCCAUCUUUUACAAGCUUAGUAACUAUAAAGCCGUGACAACAGCCUCUAACAUUAGCAACACUCCAAGCUCAGUUACCUCCCACUCAAUAGGAGAGAAUGCGAGAUUGAUGAAACGCAAAGGUCAGCCAAAAGAUGCUGCAAUUACUUCAACAAGGACAUUUAUUUUCAAACCAAUGUUGAAGCCAUCAACGUCCAGAUGCAUCAACGCUUCUUCAUCGGUUCAGUCCUCUGUGUCAGCAACGCUAACGUCAGUAUCAAUGCCAGGAUUAGUGGAGGCUACGGCGGCAGAAGCAACUCAUUUUUCAUCACCGACAGGGACAUACUCUCAUAAUAGCGUUCUUGAUUUUUCAGGGUCGUCGGAACCCAGGAUACCAUCAAAGGCUAGAACAAGUGAUAAAUCCAUUAAUGCAACGUCAUCCACGUCUACUCUCAGUGAUAUUAUUGCACAACCCCAUCCUAUCACCUUGAACGCCGGAUCCACCUGCGUGCAACCCAGGGCAGACCCAAAUGAAUCUGACCUACUAAAGCCAUUGACAAUGGAUAUGGAACUCGAAGAGACUAGAGCGACCACUUUAUCCGAUAGUAAAAAGACCGCUCCAUUUGAUCUUCGGUCAGCAUUGUGGAUGGACUCUGGACGGACUAAGUAUCAGAUGCCAAACCUUAUUGCAUCACUCUCGCCACCUACCAGCCCAAAACAUCGCCUCUCGCCCUAUAAAGUGCCUUCUUCUCAUGAGCGUGAUGUUCUCCGAUCACGCCGCUUACCUUCCUUCAAAGCAAGGCCCCUGAACCCUAAGGUGUUUACAAGUGCGGGGGAUUUAGGUGUGCCUCGUAUCCCUAAAAAACCCCUAACAGUUUCCAGAUCACCAAAAUUCAGCAAACGAAGAGUCCGAAACGUGGUAACAGAAAAUAAAAUAACUAAGGCAUCGGUCAUGAACAGUGCGGCUGCAACGAAACUGAAAAAGUUGACUAAUCCAUACACAGGAACUGGGAAAAUGUCGACCACAACUACCGCCAGCUCGAAUGCUGCCUCCCACCAUCAACCCCCACACCAAUCCCAAUCUCAAACUGGAUACGAAUGCAUCGAAGUAGGGAUUCACCGAGAUGGGCAGUCUACCAUUUCAACUGCGGCUAUAAAGUUUGGCCCUUUAACGGUACCAACUGUAGGCCAAACUCGUGCUGGAAUGAAACUAGGGACGAUCAAAGGACCGCCUCUACGUACAGAGGAUGCUACCUCCACCAAGGUUGCAGCUAUUGCAGCUACAGCGAUAACAAAGCCCAUAGGGACAUCUACUGCAUCAAGGGAAGCGGUGGUGACAACAAAGGACAGGCCAAGAUCAUUUAUCCCUAAACCAAAAUUGCGUCGACCUGUUACAAAGCCUGUACCCUUUAAAUUUUCGACAGCAGAAUUGCAGCAGAGACGGAUGGCAUUUGGGCCUUUGCCAGUGAUUACAUCCACCAUGACCAAUAACUCUACGGCUGCUUCGACGAUACCAAUAACGAAAGGAAGGCCUGCAACUAUCGUGUUGAGCAGUUCUAGCGUUUUGACAGUUGAUGACUUGUGAAAAAGCAAAAGAAUAUCUGAGCUAAAGCAAGAUUUCUGUGUAUACUAUAACCAUAAUCAUUACAAAAUAAAG